GGGCCCAGGGCAUUGUCAAGAGCGGCCUGAUCCCCUCACUGGUGUGGAAGCUUCAGAAGGAGGAGAAGAACAUUCAGGAACUCAUCCUGGAUAUCCUGGCACCAUGUCUGCAGGAAGAUGCCACUGAGGCACUGGACAGCCACGCUGUGCCCUGUCUUAAGGAGAAGCUCCUUAGUGAUAAUGCUGAGAUUCGCAGCAAGGCUGCUCGGGCACUUAUUGCCAUCAGUGUCCCUCUGGAGGGCAAGAACCAGGUGUGGCAGAAUGAUAUCAUCCCUAUCCUGGUGAGUCUGCUGAGUGACACUGAGAAAGAGGUGCAGGCUAAUGCUGCUGGGGCCCUGAUGUAUGCUACAGUGACCACUGAAG